AUGCCUAUCACCAUGACCUCGAGCAGCUCGAUCGAAGACCAGCUGCAGCAUCAUGCCUUGACGCAAUCCCUCCGCUCAGAGGGCUACCUAUCGGAGUCGCGAUACUACCAGAACGUCCCCAAGUCCAUGGAGUCCGAGAUGUUUACCGUCGGCAGUCUCCUAGGGCCUGAUAAACUUCCGGUCCGCCCGCUCGCAUUCCACGAGACCGGAGGGGCAUCAUUCUAUCUUAUCCUCUACAUCGGGGCAGCAUUGGCCGGCUACCCUGGCAUGAUUCAUGGCGGCCCGCUGGCGACGAUCAUGGACGAAGGGAUGGCAGGGUGCGCUAGUGCGGCGCUGCCCAAGCGAGUCGCCGUUACCCUUGGAUUGAACGUGCAAUAUCGAAAGGCGGCCCCAACCGAGUCAUUCUACGUGCUUAAAGCAAGGGUCACGAAGGUGGAGAACAAUGCAGCCUGGGUAGAGAGUCGGCUGGAAAUCCUGGAUGGCCAGGAAAAGGAGGCCGGUGAGGUUGUCACAGAGGCAUGGGGGCAUUACCUGCAGCCGGCGGUGACUGGUGGUCUAUAUUCGCCUAUCUAG